AUGUGUGCGAAAUGCAGAACAACUGCGUAUUGCAGCCGCGACUGUCAGAAAGCCGACUGGAAGAUCCACAAGAAGAUCUGCGCCAAACAAGCCAAUGCUCGCGCGGGAGCAGACAACAGUACCUCUGCGCCUGUUCUCAAAGACCUCGAGCAGCACGUUCCCAACCCCUUCACGCGCCUCGACCAAGGAAAAUACCUGCAUGAUCGCCCCAAACAAGACGUCUACAAGCUUCUCAUAGACUCUUUCCGUCCGCGUCAACAGGACGAGAUGCAGUUCGAAAGAAAGACCAGUCCUAAAAGUCUCUACACCGGUGCCUCGUCCGGCAUCGAGCCCUUCAAGAAAUACGUUGCUCAAGCCGAAAAACGCUCAGGCCUGCUGCCUCCCUGGUGGACGUCCGAAACCCAGAGUGAGUGCGAGGCAUUUGGGGAGAGCGGCGCUUGGAACGACCUACGCAAGAAGAUCACAAAGGCAGAUAUAAUUGCGCACUACGGCGACGAGAAAGCGCCCAUGCAGCUGAGAAUGCUGGCGGAAGCAAUUAUCGGGGCAGGACUCAUGGGCCAGGAUGGUACGAUUAUGCGGAGAAUGCUGUGUCAACAAGAGUCUGGCGGGCUACCAGACUGA